AAACUCAGCCUUAACUUCCAACUAUCAACGACUUGUAAGCCGAAGUCCACUCCACGUUAAUGCUCCCACCAGUCAAAAUCUCCGUCCAUUUAUUGACAAGGCCCCCCUUCGCCGCCUUGUUUUUUCAAACUCUUCGACUCUUCCAGGUUCCUCCAACUCAAUAAAAACACAACACUUAAUCAAAAAACCACCGUUAGUCCUCCAACAUUCCACUCAUGGCUUCUCUCAAUUCCCUUCCCUUCAUUGCAAUCUUCCUUGUUCUUCAUCUUAGCAUUGCUAAAUCCGACAUUUUAUCACCCCUUUUCCCACCUAUCUCUGAUGAUGUAUGCAAAGAAGUGCAUUGUGGAAAAGGAAAAUGCAAGCCUUCAUCAAAUGGAUCACUCCCUUAUACUUGUGAAUGCGAUAUUGGUUGGAAACAAACAGCUGCUGAUCAUGAUGAUCAUCCCAAGUUUCUCCCUUGCAUUUUUCCCAAUUGUACGCUUGAUACUUCUUGUGCAGCUGCUCCUUCUCCUGUGCAAGAAAAGGAAGCCAAAGCAAAUCGAUCUAUUUUUGAUAUCUGCCGUUGGACUAAUUGCGGUGGUGGAUCGUGCAACAAGACAUCACCGUUUACGUAUGAUUGCAAAUGUUCAGAGGGUUAUUUUAAUCUUCUUAAUGUCUCUGUCUUCCCGUGCUACAGAGAAUGUGCGAUCGGACUGGAUUGUGCAAACCUUGGGAUCACCACGUCGAAUAAAUCUACUUCCGCAACACCAUCAUCGUCCCAAAACAAUGCGAAUAGAGCUGGGUCGAAGCUGCUAGAGAAUUGUCAAUUGGUGAUAAUAUUGGUAUUGUUGCUGGUUAUGGUAGUUUGAUUUGUAUCUAUAUAAAGCCGAUGCUCGGAGUUUCGUGUUCCAUGGAUAGCGCAAUUCGAGCAUGAAGACGACGCAAUAUUUGUAUGUAAAUUUUCAUAUCAUAUCAAUAAAUUAGCCAUUUUAGGAAGAAGGAAUUUUUUAUAGUUAGUAAUUUUGCCUUUAUGUUAUAGGAAAUUUGUAGAUGGAUUUCCAUAUAGGGUUGUAUUAUUUCUUAUUAUGGCAUUUAUGACAUUUUUAAUUGUUUUUUUUUUUUGUAAUUUAUAGCUAAGGAUCCAAGGAUUUUUUUUUUUUUGAAUAUCAUUUUUAAGGUUGACUGUAUAAAUCAAUUAAGUUACACUUGGGAUUUCUUGAUUUAAAGGGUAAAA